CCGCCGUUCGAUACGGUCCAUACACGGAGUUGGGGACGACCUGAAUCACCAGAUUCCCAUUUCUAACCUAACCCUAUGGCGGCCUCCAGCUUUGCGAUGGCACUUCCGACCUUCGACUGCCGUUCAGAUCCCGAUUUCUCGCGGCCGGAGAUUCCUCGCUCCGGAUCUUCCGGGAAAUCGAAAUCGGGGAUACUUCGGACUGCAGCGGGGGCGCAAGGAUUGUCUUCGCUUAUUUUGAGGUUUCCCCCCAAUUUCGUGAGACAGCUGAGCAAUAAGGCUCGGAGAAACUGCAGCAACAUUGGUGUGGCUCAGGUAGUGGCUGCUUCGUGGUCGAACAACCAGGGCGCCUCUGGUUUGACUCCGGCGGCGGCUAACGUCGUCGAUGCGGCUGCGGCACCUGUCGCGUCGGUUGAGGUUGAUGCCGGUGUUGAUGAGGUGGUUGUAGCCGCUAAGGAUCCGUCGUUUGUUGACGGAAAUGUACAGAUUCAGGAUUUGCCUUCCUCGAAAUAUGCUUCUUUUUUGAGUUCAGAUGGCAGCAUGGCUAUUCAUGCCGGUGAAAGAUUGGAUCGCGGCAUUGUUACUGAUACAAUAACUACCCCAGUAUUUAAUACAUCUGCUUAUUUUUUCAAGAAAACUGCAGAUCUGAUUGAUUUUAAGGAAAAAAGACGGGAAAGUUUUGAAUAUGGUCGUUAUGGGAAUUACACCACUGUGGCUGCGGAGGAGAAAAUAAGUGCACUGGAAGGGGCCGAGUCAACAAUUUUGAUGGCGUCUGGAAUGUGCGCUAGCACUGUGUUGUUGAUGGCACUGGUCCCUGCUGGUGGCCAUUUGGUUACCACCACUGACUGCUACCGGAAGACACGGAUAUUUAUUGAGACAUUUCUUCCCAAAAUGGGGAUCACUGCUACUGUCAUUGAUCCUGCUGAUAUUGAAGGUCUGGAGGCUGCUUUAGAGAACAACAAUGUCUCACUUUUCUUCACAGAGUCUCCAACUAAUCCCUUCUUGAGAUGUGUCGACAUUGAGCGAGUGUCAAAGAUCUGCCACGACAAAGGAGCCUUGGUGUGCAUAGAUGGGACAUUUGCAACUCCACUUAACCAGAAAGCCCUUUCUCUUGGAGCUGAUAUUGUCGUACACUCUGUCACUAAAUACAUUGGCGGCCACAAUGAUGUUCUUGGUGGAUCUAUCAGUGGUCCUGAGAAGUUAAUUUCCCCUGUUCGCAUGUUGCAUCAUGUUCUGGGUGGUACUCUAAAUCCUAAUGCUGCAUAUCUUCUGAUCCGAGGCAUGAAGACGCUGCAUCUUCGUGUACAGCAACAAAACGAAACAGCACAAAGGAUGGCCGAGAUUUUAGAGGCACAUCCCAAGAUUAGGCGCGUAUAUUAUCCGGGACUAGCUAGUCAUCCAGAACACGAGCUUGCUAAGAAGCAGAUGAAUGGCUUUGGUGGCGUAGUUAGUUUCGAGGUUGAAGGAGACCUGCAUACCACUGCAAAGUUUAUCGAUUCACUAAAAAUUGCAUACAUAGCCCCUUCAUUCGGUGGCUGCGAAAGCAUAGUCGACCAACCUGCUGUAAUGUCCUACUGGGAUUUACCUCCAUCGGAGAGGGCCAAGUACGGCAUCUCGGAUAACUUGGUUCGCUUCAGCUUUGGCGUGGAGGACUUCGAAGACUUGAAGGCCGACUUUCUGCAGGCUCUGGAAACCAUUUAGUGUCUUGCUGCUGCUGAUUAUUUUGUAAUUGCUUUGUUUUCUUCGUAUGAUUUCGAGCAGUGUUUUUGCUCUGUCGUUACUCUGAGGAUCGACAUCCCCGAACAUAUUUAACCUUCAGAAGAAGGAAACGGACAGGGCAGGUUGAAUUUAAAUUCGUCCUGGUUUAUUUAAAGUUUGGAUUGCCAUA